AUGGCUUCAACAAAGAAUGGAGACUAUCGUCUAGGUGUAGACGUGGGUGGCACAUUUACCGACGUCUGCGUCAUUACACCCAACGGCGAGACCGUCAGAGCAAAAACACCGUCGACGCCACAGGAUCAGAGCGUGGGCGUCAAAGACGGCAUCACCAAGGUGCGGAAACUCCUCAAGUCAAAGUACGACUGGGAGGGGGAGUUUUCUUUUAUCCACCAUGGCAGCACAGUUGCCACCAAUGCAAUUCUCGAGUCCAAAGGUGUCAAGGCAGGCUUGAUAGUCACGGCCGGCUUCAAAGAAGUCCUGACCAACCGGCGGUGCCAGAUCCCGGGAGGUCUUGGGGGAUGGAUUAGCUUCGUGCCCCCGGAGCCCGUGGUGCCCCUAGAGCGGACGGUACAGUGCACUGGACGCAUCGACCCGAGCGGUCAGGUCGUUAUUCCUUUUGACGAGGCGGCCUUGCGCCGGGACCUAGCCGAUCUAAAGCGGCAAGAGCCCGAGGCCAUCACCGUGAGUCUACUCAACUCGUACGUGAACAAUGAGCACGAGAGGGCCGUGGAGCGCAUCGUCCGCGACGAGUUUGGCCCCCACGUCGAAAUCAUUUGCUCUGCCGACGUGCUCCCCGAGGCGGGCGAGUACGAGCGCACCGUCACGGCCGCCGCCAAUGCCGUGGUCAAGCCUCUGGUCAAGCGCUACAUGGAGGGUCUGGAAAAGCUCCUCUCGCCCGACAGCAGGACGAUUCGCAUCCUCAAGAGCGACGGCGCCUUGACCAGUCUCGACCUCGCGGGUGAGCUGCCCGUCAACUUGCUCAUGUCUGGCCCGGCCGGCGGCGUGCAGGGCGUCGUGGACGUCAUUUCCAAACAGACGCCCUACAAGAAUCUCGUCACUCUAGACAUGGGCGGUACAUCGACAGAUGUGGCGCUCAUUGUCGACGGCAAGGCGGCCUUGAGACGCGAGACCGUGGUGGACAAGUUGACGGUCAGGGCGCCUUCGGUCGACGUCCGGACCGUGGGCGCCGGCGGCGGCUCGAUUGCCCAGUACGUCGACUUGACGGCCAGUAUGCGUGUAGGGCCCGAGUCGGCCGGUGCGUCGCCCGGUCCGGCCUGUUACCAGAAAGGCGGCAAGCAGCCCACCGUCACAGACGCCAACUUGGUGCUUGGCUAUCUUCCCGAAGCCCUGCUGGGAGGCGACUUUCACCUGGACGUCGCUGCCGCGGCGGAAGCAGUCAAGAGUGUCGCCGACCAGAUGAACAUCAGCGCUGAGGAGACCGCCGAGGGCAUCGUCAACCUCGUAAACGAGACCAUGUAUGGUGCUCUGAGACAAGUAUCAGUCGAACAGGGCUUUGAUCCGCGAGACUUUGCCCUCGUGGCUUUCGGAGGUGCCGGCCCGCUCCAUGCAAAUGCCGUGGGCAAGCUGCUGGGUGCAUGGCCGGUCAUUGUACCCCAGGCUCCAGGUGUGCUCUGCGCUCAAGGCGAUGCCACGACAAAGCUGAGCCACUCGCAGUCUGUGUCGUUUAUCAAGAGUCUGUCGCAGUGUACCCAUCAAGACUUGAAAGAAGUCUUGGAGAAUCUCGGCAGGCAGUGCACGGAAAAGAUGAACACGGCACUUGAGGGUGGUUCAUUGUCGGAAAAGAAGUUAUCCGUUGCCUACGAAGCCGACUUGCGAUACAAGGGACAGGCGCUGGAUAUCACCAUCUCGUUCACUCCGGAGGAGUUCAGCAAGGGCAAGGACGAGCUCGCGGAGCUGUUGCGGAAACGAUUCAACACGACACACGAACUUCAGUUCGGCUUUUCUCUCGACGAGCUCGAAUUUGAGCUAGUCCGGCUGGGUGCCACCGUCACGGACGCAUCAUCGCCAAUAGUCUUUGCCGAGAUCAAGUCCGAGUCGGACGGAAAGCUAGUUGCGCCGCCCGAGUCUGCUGUAGUCAACAAGAAGAUGAUCACGGUCGAAGGAAAACAGAUUGAAGCCAAGUACUACAACCGUGCCGCCCUGAACAAGGCCGGAUAUCGUGUCGACGGGCCAGCCGUUAUUUCCGAAAUGGAUUCAAACACUCUGAUCCUGCCUGGCUUUUACGGAGAGAUUGACCAGAUAGGAAACAUUCUCAUCCACCCAGCCGACGACUCGGUCGUGGCCAAGACCAAGACUUUUACCCCCGAAGAAGCCAAGGCUGAGGUGACAAACUCGCCACUGAUCCCGACACUGAUCGGAUCGGCACUCCAGGCAAUCCGAAUCGAGAUGGACACACUAGUCCUACGGUGUUCCAUGUCUCCUGGUAUCCGUGAACAGCAAGAUGAGUUCAACGUGGUGACGAAUGGCAAGGGCCAGAUGCUCGUCGGCCAGUUUGGCAGCUUCAUUGGAGAGUUCUUGGAGGGCUGGAACAAGACGGGCGGCACCAUCGAAGAGGGCGACAUAUUCAUGACCAACGACCCAUACUCGACAAACGGUGCCAUUAGCCAUUUGAACGAUGUCAUUAUUCUGUUGCCCAUUUUCUACAAGCACCAGCUCGUAGGCUGGUCCGCCAACUUUGGCCAUUUAUCCGACGUCGGCGGAAAGGUGCCAGGAAGCAUGUCCAUCUCGUCGAGUGGACUGUACGAAGACGGCGUACAGAUCCCGCCCGUCAAGUUGUACAAGGCCGGAAAGUACAAUGUAGAGAUUAUGAAUCUGCUGUGUCGCAACUCUCGAAUGCCAGAGUGGUACCGAUCCGAUAUCCAGGCCCUGAUAUCCUCCUGCCAGACCGCCGGAGCUCGUGUCUGCGAAACGAUUGACCGGUUCGGCCUCGAGCUGUACGAAGCUGCCUGCGACGAACUGUUGCGGCGCAACCAGCUCGCCGUCUCCAAGCUGAUUGAAACGCAAUUUGGCGAUGAGGAGGCCGUCUUUACCGAUUUUGUCGACGAUGACGGUGCUGGCAUCGGCCCAUACGCCGUCAAGUGUAAAAUGACAAAGGUUGACGGCAACAAGCUCCGUUUCGACUUUGAUGGCACUUCGGCCCAGAGUAACACGGCGCUCAACUUUUAUCUGUCGCCGACCAUGUUCAAGAUGUUUGUGGGGUAUUACCUGCUGGCCGUCUUUGAUCCUCACUGUGUCGUCAACGAGGGCCUGUACGAUUUUAUCGAGGUCGCCAUACCCGAGGGCAGCAUCCUCAAGCCCAUCCGCCCGGCCGCCCUGAGUUGUAGAACACAUCUGCUUGGUCGGGUCAUGGACAUAAUCCAGGCGCUCAUGGGUCAGCACAACAAGGCGUACCGCGCCGCGGCCGGCUUCAGCGAUAGCCCGCACUUUUUCUACUCGGGGUGGAAGCCAGACGGCACCUGGUUCCAGCUCUAUCAGAUUGCCUUUGGUGGCGUCCCUGCCCGGCCCGUCGGAGACGGCCCAGACAUGCAUUGUCUGUUCCCGGCCAUCAAGUCGGUGCCCACCGAGUCCAUCGAGCUCGCCUUCCCCUUGCUCAUUGAGGCCAACGAGUCCCUGGCCGACACGGGCGGCGCCGGCUUUUACCGCGGCGGCAAUGCGCACCGCACCCGCUACCGCUUCCUCAACCGCGGCGAGUUCUCCCUCCACGACGACCGCUGGUUCACCCACCCGUGGGGCAUCGACGGCGGCCAGCCCGGAAAGCGAAGCCGCAAGGUCUUGUACCGAUACUCGCAGGGCAAAGACCCGAGACCAGAAUAUCUGCCCAGCAAGUGUGAUCACGUCAAGGUCCUGCCGGGCGACGUUCUCGAGCACAUUACCUGGGGCGGCGGCGGUCUAGGCGACGCCCUCACCCGGCCCGCCGAGACCGUGGCCCUCGAGGUCCACCAGAAGCUCGUGACGGUCGCCGGCGCGCGCGACAAUUACGGCGUCGUCGUCGACCCGACCACCUUUGCCGUCGACGCGUCCGGGACCGAGGCCCUGCGCGUUCGCCUGCGCGCCGACAAGAAGGAGUAUCCCAGCAUCUACAACCGCGGCGGCUCGCUCGAGGAGCUCCGCGCCCGCUGCCUCGACGACACGGGACUGCCGGCUCCCGAGCCGCAAUGGAACGAGGACCCGUACGGUGCUCAUGUUACCCUGCCAUAUGUACAGGACUGGUACAAGACGAGGAGAGCCGAGGGCAAUUGGACCUUGGAGUAG